ACGUCGGUUUUUGCCUACAAAUCUGGUCAUAUCUGGCCUACUAACUCCUCCUUGGCAAUCCUCCUUGGCAAUCCUGUUGUUCAAGGCUCAGGACCUGGAUGCUCGGCGUACUAACUCUGCAGCGACCUGUAUUCCACGUCCUUGCAGCGACCUGGAUGCUUGGCGUCGUCGUCCUCGAGCGCCCCUUCUUGUCCUGGGUUGUUUUCUUGCGGUUCGACCAAGAUAGGAGUGGUUUCAUUGAUGCCCGUGAGCUUGGGGAAGCCUUCAGGGCUUUCGGCUACUCUAUCAGCCCUACUCUACUUUCUUUGCUGGUUAGAAAGUUUGAUAGAAGCGGAAGGGGGGCAGGAAUUGCAUUGGACAAUUUCAUAGAGUGCUGCUUAAUAAUUAAGGGUUUGACCGACAGGUUCAAGGAGAAGGAUGUGAGCCUAACUGGGAGCUGUACAUUGUCUUACGAGUCGUUCAUGUUGAUGGUCCUGCCAUUCGUAUCCGGGUGAGAGGUUACUCUGUGAUUGCACGCAUGCCCCAAAGGUCCUCUAUGCGUUCUCCUGAUAUGUAUCAUCAAUUGUACAAGAGAGAGUGGGCCCUUUCAUCGCAGGACUGAACAGUAAAUGGAAUAGGAAAGGGUGUGGAGGGGGUAGCCCUGUGGAUCAGUGUGCCCCUGCUGGGUGAAUGCGAAUUAGAGGAUGUAAAUAUGUUGGAACUUUUGCUGGCACUCGCGUAUUGUCUCAGUCUGCAGUGAAAGAAGGUGGUUAUGAAUCGGCGGGGGGGGGGGGGGGAGUAGCCUGAUGGGGGAUGUUGCCUAUUGUUCUGGUUAUGGGUCGUCAUCAUUGAAGGAGAAAAAAGGACACGGUUCGACCAGGCAAGAAGUCAAGUAAGGUGCUGUAAUCUUGUCGGCAUUGUUUGCUAUGCUCCUGUCAAGCUUUCAACCAUAAACUCAGCCCAAUCAAGCCAGCCUAGCGGGGUCUAUAGUACUAGGUAUACCUGGAUUUCGUGUCCUGUAGGGUAUAUCGAUGCUCGUUCAUGAGGUCGGUUGCUCGGAGGACUUGGACUAUGUGUCCCUGUGGGAGUUUGAUUUGUGGUGGAGGAUGCCUUGACGUACUGAGAGAGAUGCUCAGAGACUCGGUAUCCGUUGGGUCUUCGUCAGGAUUAGAAUGAUUCUGAAAAUAUUAGCAUGGUGCCUGAUUGUUGGGGAUCAUCCACCCAAAUUGCGAAGCGGUUGGAGUUUGGCACCCUGUCGGCGGGAUGAGUGGCUGAGGCUUCCAGGGCAGUCCUUGGGAGUUGGGGACGGUGGGUAGAGAACAUUUCUGGAAGCGUAGGAGGUGCUUCAUAGCUGGUGUGGGGACAAUAGCAAGUCUGUUGUGUUCACGUGAGAGGUCGGUUUUCGAUGUAAUCGUGCAGAUCUAUAGUGGCUUGCCCCUCUGUCCUCCUCCUUUUGCCUGCCUACAGGCACAUUUGCUGUUGUCUUUUCCUCAAUUUAGAGAGCGCUGCGUGGCUUUCUCUUUUUUUUGUUUCCCUUGUUGUUGAGGCAGCGAAUAUAGAAUUUUUCUAGAGUUUGUAUCUCAGUAUGAGAAUGUUGUCAGCCUAGCAGCACCCACACGGAUAUCGCGAAGUUAACAUGUUUCUGAUCAUAAAUGUCUCCCUCCCUGUCACACCUUGCCCUGUCUUGUCACUCAUCCCUUCCCAACCUUUCGUUUCUGCCCCUUUUCGUCUCCCUCUUGUUCUGCUCUUGCUGCUGCUGCUGCUGCUGCUCUCUCUCUCUCUCUCUCUCUCUCUCUCUCUCUCUCUCUCCCCACCUCCAGCCCAUUGUUGCUCUUCCAUUUUAUACUGAUAGUCAGUUGGGUCCUGUGUCGAGAAGUGAUGGGUUGAACUAUUGCGAGAUGGCAGAAAACCGUGUAUGCAAUUAUCGUGAGACGUUUGUUUUUCGAACGAGUGAUGGUUCUUUGAUAAGGUUUUCAAUGAUUUCAUACAAGAUUCAUAGCUAAAUCUAUCUUCAUACAAGAUUCAUAGCUAAAUCUAUCUCUUGGGUUUGGGUUUAGGGUUCCUUUCAGAAUAUUCUCGGCGAAAGUGCUAUUUCGUUUUGCGGUUGAGUUUUUCCAAGGUCAUGAAGUAAGAGUGAAUCCAGUCCUUGUCUUUUCCGCUGCAAUCGUUUUGCGUGGGAGCCUCUAUGGAAAAGAGUGGUUGCUUGAGAAAGCAAGCAUUCAAACAUUCAGGUGAGGGGGUUGAGACAGGAUCGUUAGACCUUUGUGAAUGUCUGUCCCCUUUUUUUCCGCUUAUUAUUCUGACAUUGGGACCGUUUGGAAGGCAGGAGGGGGACCAAUUCCUUUCUUGUGCAUGUUUCCAGUCUGUGUGGUUCGAAGGCACAUACUCCGUAGUAUGUAGCCGCUGUGAGCGAGGGACGGCGUCCAUUGUUGUCUCUGAUAUCUGGGGUUGGCGAUUGGUACUCGGCGACUUGUCCGCAGCGCAAAGGCACUGUAAUGCUGAUUUUCAUCACAGCUUGGUGAUGUUUGCGGUUUAUUUGCUGCUUUGAGGAAUCCAGGCAGUGAGUAUCUGGUCAGAUCAUGGAUUGGAAAAUGCAGAGAAGUGGUGAAAGAAAGGGACAGUGGUCUCAGGAUAUUCACAAGACGUCUUGAAGACAUUUGUAUGAAGCGGUAGCAGUCGGUAUUAUUGUAAAUGGACGUUACAUUCAGUACUCUUGAGUAAGUAAGUGGUGAAAGAAAGGGACAGUGGUCUCAGGAUAUUCACAAGACGCCUUGAAGACAUUUGUAUGAAGCGGUAGCAGUCGGUAUUAUCGUAAAUGGACGUUACGUUCAGUACUCUUGAGUAAGUAAGUGGUGAAAGAAAGGGACAGUGGUCUCAGGAUAUUCACAAGACGUCUUGAAGACAUUUGUAUGAAGCGGUAGCAGUCGGUAUUAUCGUAAAUGGACGUUACGUUCAGUACUCUUGAGUAAGUUAGUAUGUGUAUGCUUGCCGAUUAGUAGCGACUACUGAGAUUUUGAUCGAUCGAUCGAUCUUCCGAUCUCUUGGAAUCCAUCAGACGUUUCAGCUCUCGAGACCCAGGACAUGGUCCUUUUCCGUUGGGCAUUUAGUAUGCAGUAUGUAGUACGUACCCUUGCGGACUAUACAGAGAUUGAUCAGGCUUCACAGCUCUUCGAAACUGAGUAUACUCUUCAAUUCUCCAGAUACAGGGCUUGGACCCAUUUUCGCUGGGUGAUUAGUAUAUGUGAGACACGUUUCUUGUCUCAUUUGCAGUUACAUUUCUUCUCGUCGUUCGAGUUUUGAAUUUCUAUUGUUUUUUUUUGGCAUGAAUAUCCAAAUGCGAUUUUCCUACUGUGCUCUGCUACGUCUUGCACUGGUCU